CUUCUUCCUCCUCUUCAAAUUUAUCAAUCAAUCAAUUGUAUCAUUUAAAAGUGAUAUCAGUCAAACCCAUAAUAUAUAAUUAUUAGUUUCAAACGAUUGUUCAAAUGGAUAAUAUCGCCCAAACAUCAAUGGAAUUUACUACAAUGAUUUUAGCUUCAAAUCCAGAAAUGCCUUUUAGUAAAGUAGAUGAAUUUAAGGUGGCUGUAUUAAUCACAAACUUAAAUAUAAAGAAAAAAUUUCAAUUGGAUAGUGAUGAUAGAAGAUAUACAGAAUUUUUAGAUCCAGAAACACAAGCUGCAUUCAUCCAAAAUUUAGAAAACUCUACGUCAGCAAAAAUCGACGAAUAUCCUGUUACAUUAGAAAAGUCGCUUGUUAACAACUAUGGUUAUGAAAAACCAUCGUGCUUCCCUAAAUCAAUCGAAAUGAUCACUCCGAGCUGUUUAAACUCAUUACAUGAGUUUGUUGCUAUGUAUAUUGGUUUCAACCCAAGGAGUUCUAAAAGAGAUGAAAUUAAGAAUACUUUAGUACAAUUUUUUAGAGAUAGAAAAUAUAAGAUCCCAGAUUCAGGAAUCUACAAAUUGUUCAAACAUUUAGAUGGUGAAAUUCAUACCUUAAGCACUUCGAAUUGUUUAUAUAAACUCCAUUAUAAAGUAGGAGUUGAUGAUGGCGUAACCAUCGAAGAGUACCUAGCACUCUUGAAAAGAGUACAUGCUCUUGUUCUUUAGAUUCGUUGUUAAUUUGGUUGCUAUUAGUGUUGUUUUGUUAAGAGCACUCUUGAAAAGAGUACAUGCUCUUGUUAUUUAGAUUGGUUGUAAAUUUGAUUGCUAUUAGUUUUGUUUUAUUAAGAUGAAAAUUAGUUAAUAAGUAGAUUGAAAUAGAUUAAAUAUAAUAUAUUGUGAGUUAUAAAAUUUAAAAUUUACCGAUCUUACAAUCAAAGAUAUGAUGAUUUAAAAUCAAUUCAUAUGUAAUAAAUAUAAUAUUAGCUAAUAUCAAAAAGUAAUAUAAAGACUGACAAAAAAUAUUAAUGAAUGAAUGAUAGUGAUUAUUGUU